GGAAGGGAUAUAUAGAUAAGAUUCAACCCGAAGUGGGUAGUUACUUUAGGAACUGUAGUUGUUCUGAUAGGUUAGAGAGAUAGUCAGUUUUAUCAUUAAGUUGAGUCACUUCGUUUUGAGUCAUGUCGUUAGGGUAUGAAGUACAGGCUGUUCCUAAUGUCAAAGCUAUUGGAUUUGAUGGUAUACUUUUGAUUUCUUACAAUGCUCUGUCAGAUGAAGCAGUUCCUCAAGAACUUAAAGAUGUGAUAAAGGAAGCAUCUGCUUUGGACGACCAAUUUGAAGAGGAAGUUAGUAUUCACAAAGUAGAUCUCCCUGCCAAGCGGUUAUUUUACUCUCCUACCGGACCGAUCAGUCCAGAAUACCAUGAUGUAAGGUGCUUUAGCGAAGCUGCAAGGAAGGGGAUAACAAGAGCUGUGAAAGCUGGAGUGAAGGCGCCACUGUUAGUACUGGGUAAAUAUCCUACCUUCCCACAGUCUCAACUUGUUUCCCUGCUUGGAGUUAUGGAAGGACUGUAUGUAAAUCUUCAGUACCGUGAGGAUUGCCCUAUCAAAUAUCCUAAAGUGAACAAGCUUGGUGUACUUAGUCCUGCUAGUCCUAGUUCAUCAAGGCUUAUUUCUGUUGCUACCGCUUUGGAAACGGGAAGGAUUGUCGCUAGAGAUAUUGGUGGACCCGAUCCGGAAAGAAUGACUCCUCAGCGAGUGGAACAGUAUGUCAAAGAAACAUUCCCUACCGGAGGAAAUGUGAAGGUUGAAGUGGUAUCUGAUGAAAAUACCCUCAAAAAAGAAUAUCCCCUUUUUUCUGCUGUUAAUAGGGCAGCUUCAGAAAUCGAGAGGCAUAAGGGAAGAAUAGUAUACCUUACUUAUGAAGGCUCAAAUGUAACUGACACUUUGUUAAUCGUCGGUAAGGGAGUAACUUAUGACACUGGUGGUGCUGACAUCAAAGUUGGCGGUGCCAUGCUUGGAAUGUGUAGGGAUAAAUGCGGUGCUGCUGCCGCUGCUGGUUUUAUGAAGGUAGUGAGCAUACUGAAACCUGAGAACUUGAAGGUUGUUGCUGGUCUUAGCUUAGUCAGAAAUAGUUGUGGAGAAAACUCGUACGUUGCAGACGAAAUCAUUACUUCACGAGCUGGAAAGAGGAUACGUAUCGUCAACACAGAUGCAGAAGGAAGAAUGGCCAUGGCUGAUGUUCUUUGUUAUAUGAAGGAUAUUGCCAAAAAAGCUGUCAACCCACAUCUGUUUACUAUUGCUACUCUUACCGGGCAUGCUUUCCGAACAGUUGGAAAUGGUUAUACUAUUGCAUUGGAUAACGGUCCAGCCAGGCAAAAAUCAUUUGCUCAACUGCUACAAAAGACUGGAGAAAUCGUUGGAGAUAUGUUUGAAGUUAGUACUAUCAGAAGAGAAGAUUAUGAAGCUUACAAAGGAAAAACUGAAGGUGAAGAUGUCGUACAGGCUGAGAGCUUACCAUCAGCCCAGUGUAAGCGAGGUCAUCAGGGACCAGCAGCCUUCCUCAUCCUGGCCUCUGGUCUUGAAAAGCAUGGACUGGAUUCAACUGAUGGCAAGCUGUAUUACACUCAUUUGGAUAUUGCUGCAUCUGCUGGAGCAUUUCCUGAGCAAGCGUCCGGCUGUCCAGUCCUGGGGCUUGCUGCCAAUUAUCUAAGCGUCCAUUCUUAAAUCGUUGCUCCGAGUUUGUCAUUUUAAGAUUUCUUUAUUUUUAAUAAACAAUUCAUGUUACUGUAUUAUCCACCUAUCAAAUGGUUUAUUUUAUUCAACUUAAUCUUAAUUUGAUAAUAAAAUAUAAUUGAUACAAAAUACUAAUCAUUAUUGCUGUUUUUAUAAUUCUUUAUAUUUUUCCCUU